AUGGCAGCCUCCACCUCCGCCCAACCCCCCUCCUCGGCCCCGAUGCCCGCCCACCCCGCCUUCCCCUCCCUCAUCCCCUCACACCUCCGCUCCGCCCCGACCAGCAACAUCUCCCCGCCCACAACCCCCGCAGCCGUCCUCAAGCUGAUCACCUCCUCCACCACCCCUCACGCCGUACACAACCAGCUCAUUCCUACUUUGAAGUUCGUCGCUGCCGGUGGGAAAGGCGGGGAUAAGGACAAGGAGAAGUUGAUAAAGAAGGGAGAGGAGAAUAUGGCGUUGUUUGAUCAGAAUCUGGGGGAUGUGACUGCGGACGAUAUUAGGAAUCUGGCGGCUGGUCUGGUCUUUGUUGUGUCGGCCCGGAUGCACCCAAACCAUACCGAUCAAAAGACGUACAAUGCCGAUCUGCUCAGGCUUGCGACCGAGAUCUGUAUCAACGGUGAUGCGGACCAGCUAAAUGCUUGCGGCGCGCGAUUGGGCGAGCUUGCAUGGGGAAUCCUCCGGCUCGCGAGAUACCUCAAAACGCCUGCCGCUGCUCUCGAGCCCAUUCAAGCUCUUUCAUACCGUGCUGUUGACCGUAAUUCGUUAUCGGGCGUUCACGCGGCCUUUCUCGAGGCUUCCCUCCUCACUGGAAACUUCAGCGGAGUACAGCGCCUCAUCUACAACGAAUACUUUGAGGUCAAGCAGAUGUCGCCGUCUUACCUUGACGUGAUUACCUUCUAUCACCACGCCGGGCUCAUCUGCGCCGCGUGCAAGCACUGGGAGAAAGCCGUCGAGAUGUUCUCUAUGGGCGUCUCUGUUCCUACGGCCGCUGCUUCGGCGAUCCAGCUGGCUUGCGCUAAACGCGCCAUCUUGUGCGGUCUUAUGAACAACGGCAAACUUGUGACAUUCCCCAAGUAUACGGCUGGCGUCGUGACUCGCGUGGUCGAGAAGAAUGCAAAGGAGUAUGUCAAGCUCGCCGAGGCGUUCAUCAAGGAAGAGUGGGUGACUGUACGGAGUGCGGUCGCGACCAAAGAAUUCAAGGAUGACUGCAACUUUGGUCUUCUCGAGCAAAUCAUCUCGUCUAUCCCCAUCAGACGGAUCCUCAAGAUCAAGUCGCGGUACUCGCGCAUGACCAUCACCGAUCUGGCCAACAGAAUCGAGCUUCCAGGGACAGAGGGGGAGAAUGAAGUUGCGGCUCUGGUGUAUCACAUGAUCGAGAACGGGGAUAUGCGAGCUACAAUCGAUAGUUCGGCAGGACCGACGAUCGUCGCGUUCAUGCAGGAGGAUAAAGACUAUACGUCCCCGAGUGCACUGGAGGAACUGAAGGCGGAGAAUCGCCUGGCGAACUUCUUAGAGAUGGAGUUGACGAGGAGCGGGAGGGAGUUGGGCGUGAACAGGGAAUAUCUCAAGAAGCAAGCACACAGUCUGGAAAACAACGGCGGGAAGGGCAUGGGCGGUCAAGGAAUGAAGGGCGGGGAAGAGCUGGACGAGGUGUUGAGCGGGAGAUCUCAAGGCGGGUUUGGGGGAGGCAAGAAGAUGGGAAUGCGGGGUGUUGGAUCGAAUAUGGGGGACACGGGAUUCUGA